UUUCUCUAAUAAUUACAUGAAAUCCCAUGGACAGAGGAGCCUGGUGGGCUAUAAUCCGUGGGGUCACAAGGGAGUUGGACACAACUCAGUAAAACAACAAGAGUAAUUACAUGCUAAGGACUUUGGAUUUUAUCUGAAGAGAAUGUCUUCAAGAAGAUAAUCUUAUGUAUAUUUUUUAAAGAUACACACGAACAUUCAUUUGUUGUCUGCAUUUUGAAAACAAUAGCAGAAAUCUUGUACAUGUAUGACAAUAAUUCAGUCCACUGCCUUCUUCUAACGGCUGUGGGGCAGAUCCUGCCAUUGCCUUCAUUUUGCAGUUGAGGAGACCAAGGCACCAAGUCCCUUAUCUGACCUGGUGCCCUUAAUGGGUGGAACCCAGGUACAGAGGCAGGCAGCCUCGACCCAGAGCCCACCCCCUUUUCCCUUAUCCUGGGCUGCUUUUGUUUGUGUUUCUUUAAGGACAUACAUGUUUUCUUAAGAAAAGGAAGUCAAAAUAUUUUUUUCCCAUGGUUUCUCCUAUACCAUCUACCAUCCGGGAGAGAAUGAUUUGGGGCCUUGCCGGUAGAACCCUCUGCAGCUGGGCUGUCUUCCUGUCCUCGCUCCUCACCUUCAGCUGCUUCCACGUCUGUAUAAGUGUAUUUUUGGUUGUGCUGGUCUUCAGGGCUGUUGCGGGAUUUCUCUAGUUGCGGCCAGUGGAGGUGACUGUAGUCGUGCUGCGCGGGAUUCUCCUUCAGUGGCCUCCCGGCCAUGGCCCAUGGGUUCUGGGUGCGCGGGCUUCAGCAGUCGCAGCUCGUGGGCCCAGUGGUUCCGGUUCCGGCUCCGGAGCUCGGGCCCAGUGGUUCCGGCUGCGGCUCCGGAGCUCGGGCCCAGUGGUUCCGGUUCCGGAGCUCGGGCCCAGUGGCUCCGGCUCCGGAGCUCAGGCCCAGUGGUUCCGGCUCCAGAGCCCGGGCCCAGUGGUUCCGGCUGCUACUCCGGAGCUCGGGCCCAGUGGUUCCGGUUCCGGCUCCGGAGCUCGGGCCCAGUGGUUCCGGCUCCAGAGCCCGGGCCCAGUGGUUCCGGCUGCUACUCCGGAGCUCGGGCCCAGUGGUUCCGGCUGCGGCUCCGGAGCUCGGGCCCAGUGGCUCCGGCUCCGGAGCUCGGGCCCAGUGGUUCCGGCUGCGGCUCCGGAGCUCGGGCCCAGUGGCUCCGGCUCCGGAGCUCGGGCCCAGUGGUUCCGGCUGCGGCUCCGGAGCUCGGGCCCAGUGGUUCCGGUUCCGGAGCUCAGGCCCAGUGGCUCCGGCUCCGGAGCUCAGGCCCAGUGGUUCCGGUUCCGGCUGUAGGGCUCAGACCCAGUGGUUCCGGCUCUAGAGCUCAGGCCCGGCGGCUCUGGCUCCAGCUCCGGAGCUCGCACCUGGUGGUUGGGGCCCACGAGCUUCGUUGUUCCAGGCAUGCUCGACCUUCCCAGACCAGGAGUCACGCCGCGUCCCCCGAGUUGGUAAGCGGGUUCAGCCCGCCGAGCCAGCGGGAGGCCGCCUGCUCUAGCCUGCACCCCGUCCCCCUGCUCUCCUGGACGGGCUGUGAAGCCUCCCGGUGUCCGGGCUUCCUCGCAGAGGGGGGCCUUCACACAGGGUCCCGGGGGUCCCCUGAGCCUUUCCCUUCCGGAAGCGCAGGAGCGCGUCGCACGGUCCGCAGAAAGGGGCUGGGUUGGCGCUCGGCCCAGGUUUCGCUGCGCCGCCUCUGCGCCUGGCCCUGCGGGGACGCGGAGGUGAGCCCAGGAGGGGAAGCAAACAGAAGGGCGGCGCCCAUCACGAGGGAUCUGCUGACUUAAGCCUCCGCUCAGCUACUGUUUCAUUGCUUCCAUUGUGCCAGCUAAAAAAAGGGGGUGGCAGGAUUUUUAUACACAGGCGGGGUGCGCACUUUAGGGAUCCGAUCGAUGGCGGAUACGUGUUCCCCGCUCCCGCCCUGUUCUUUUCCGUUGACCACACCGUGAAUCCUGUCCGGGGACCCGCUCAUACACACCACACUGCCAGCUAGGAGAAUCAAGUGCUUACCAUCACCUCCCCCUGUGCUGUGAGCGGAGCCAAGUGUGAACAGGCUCCUCGUCUCAGAUUCAAACAAAUAGUGAAUGAAAGAGCAGACAAUGCAGGAGACUUAAGUUUCACUUUACUCAUUCAUGGAUGAACUUUGUGGUUUUUCUUUAGUAAAGAGGAAGGCUGACAGGUGAUCAUCUCAGAGAUUGAUAGAGACUUGGGAAAGCAGUAACAAUCUGAAAGCCAAAAUGAUGGGGAAACUUCCCUUCUAUUGUAGAAAGGAAUUGAUACAGAAAUAAGGCUGAGUAAUUUAUGUUUGGAGACUGUUAUUUCAUCCCUGGUGUAGCUCUGUCCAUGAAAUAUGAAACCUUAAAGCAGGAGUCAACCUUCCUUCAGGUCAUGAUUAUAAAUAUACUGUAGAAGGAGUAUCUCAUUCUUCCAGAUUCACCCCAGUAGUCACUGGAUGCACAUUUAUUGCCUAGUUUCUUUUGGUUACUUGUAGUCUUAACUGUCUUCUAUUCAGCAAAACAUUUUAGCAUUGAACUAUUUGAUAACAUGAUUUUAAAAUUUCAUUUUAUACUUUUAUUCCUUCAUUAAUACUUUUAAGAUGUGCAUAAAUUUACAAAGAUGCACACAAAAUAAUAUUCUUCACAGCAUUGUUUAUUAAGCAAAAAAAUAAAAGUGGAAAGAACCCAAAUACCUCUAAAUAGGAAAUUGAUUAUUAAUUCAGAUGAAUAUUUUAAAUGUUGUGGACUUCCCUGCUGGCUCAAUGGUUACGAACCAGCCUCCCAAUAGAGGAGACACUCGGGCUCGAUCCCUGGUCUGGGAGGAUCCCACGUCCUGCUGAGCAACUGAGCCUGAGCGCCACAACCCCUGAGACUGUGCUCUCGGGCCGGGGGCCGCAACUACUGAGCCCAGAGCUAAACCCUGCGCUCGGCAACAAGAGGAGCCACCGCCGUGACGACCCUACACGCGGCUGCUCCCUGCAACUGGAGCAAGUCCACACACAGCAGGGAAGACCCUGCGAAGCCAAAAAUAAAGGAAUUAAUUAACUAAUGCCUUUUAAAAAUUAAAUAAAAAUAAGAUGAUGCAUAGGGAAUAUAAUAACUUUGUAUGGAGUAUAAUCUAUAAAAAUAUUAAAUUACUAUGUUGUACACCUGAACCUAAUAUAGUAAUAUUGACAUGUCAGUUACACUUGAAUUUAAAAAAAUAAAAAUGAUGAGGUAGGAUGUAAUUCCUGAUACAGAAAGUUAUUCACCAUAUAAUGAGUUUUUUUAAAGGUUGCAAAAGCAGACUGACUUUUUUUUUUUUUUUUGUAUGUUUAAAGAGAAGCCUGGAAAGAUGUAAGUCAAAAUGCUAACAGUGUUUCAGUGAGUUUGCAGCCAGUUUUCACUUAACUUUCUGUCUUAUGUAUUGUGUGAGGCGGCUUUGUAAAUUAUUGUCGUUUUUAUGUUUAGCAUGUAUAAUUUUGCUGAUGGAAAAAUAUUUCUCUUUUUAAAACUGAGCUUGAAAAGGUGAGAGGAACUCUGAAAGGAAUUUACUACUUAUUAUUUAAGCAUACAAAAAGAAGUCUGCACAGUGCGUGUGAGUUUCCUCAGCAUGCUAACUCACCUCUGAGGUUUCUUCCUCCUCUGCCCCUGCUGAAAUGGUCUGAAUGCUUCUCCCCACCGCUGGGCUUCCCGUUCCUCGUCCUUCACCUGUCUCCCUCUCCCUAGGUGGUGAACAGCAGACUCUUGUUCCCGUUUAGCCCACCCUCCGUGAGGGUACAUUUGCAUAGAACAUUAGUAUCACUGCUCCUCCUUCUGACUUAAGCCAGUCCUUCACCUUGACUGGCUAAGUCAGGAAGCUCAGAUGGCCCUUUAGCGCACAUCUCUCACGUUGGGUGCAUUUAACCAAAUAGCCGGCGUGACAGAUGUAGACUUAAUCUCUGUCCAGGGUGCCCAAGUUCUUUGCCUUCCAGAAACUGGAACUAGAUGAUUUGUUUCAGAGGUACAGAAAUGGGACUCAGACCUCCCUUUGACCCUCUUUAGACUCUAAUAAAGUCAUUACUUUAGUCUGAACUGAAAGACAGCAUUUUUCAAGAAGAUAUCUUGCCAAUCCCAGAUAUUCUGUGUCUCCAUUUGGUACUGCUGGUCUAGAUCAUCUUGAACCCUGGCUGGGCUAGUUGAGGUGACGAGUUUCACCCUUUGGGCAGGUGAAAGUCAAGAGUCACAAAGAGCAGGCGGAGAGGUGGACAUUCGUAACAGACCUGUGACUGGCCACCUGUUAACGGUUUGUGACACGAGUGAGUUAAGAAACUGGUCUCUGGCUGGAAUAACUUUAACAAGCUUAGCGCAAAUCUGAGAAAAUGGAAGUUCGUGAAAGCUUAAGCAAGUCCUGGGACUUCCCUGGCGGUCCAGUGUUUAGGACUGUGCUUCCGUUGCAGGAGACACGGGUUCAGUCCCUGGUUGGGGAACUAACACCCCACAACUCAGUAGGUGAGGCCCCAGGGAAAAAACAGCCCCCUAAAAACAGUGUGUUAGUGAUGUUAGAACUGUGACAGAAUUUUUGAAACAGCAGGAGUUUGUUGGGAGGACUUUCAGAGGCUGUUGUCGUCAGCCUCCGCAGACCCUGAAAAGGUGGUGCUUCCGUUCCACUCUGAUUGUUGAGAAGCUGUGACACUGAAAGUCUCACUCGGGAUUUUCCUCAAGUUACGAGGCGGUAUUAGACCGCAGGUGCACUGCCGUCUUCUUCGCUUUUUUUUUUUUUUCGUAUUUAUUACCAACUUUUGCUCAUUUCCCGCCCCCCUCCUUUUCUCUUUUGGUUCUUUCUUAUGCACUUGCUCUAAUACAUACAAAUUCUCAACACCAAAAAUACUGGAACUAAAACUCAAAGGGCAAUUAAAACAUGGAGGGAAACCAGUGCCUUCUGGGAUCUCCAGAAACCUAAAGGACAUUUCUUUAGUUGCUCUGAAUGGUCUUCAUUAGCCCUGGAUCCUGUCUGGGUGGAGGAGGGUCCCGGGAGCCUGCAAGGAGAAGGGGGGCUCCAGCUCCAGGCCCUCCCGUGGCAGCUCCAGUAUGUCCAAGUUUUGAGGACGUGGUCAAGUCAGUGAGUGUUAACUGUGAGUCACGUCCAUUGCUGCUUUUGUAACAGACCUCGAUGACUUUGAUAGAGCUUCCCUGGUGGCUCAGGCGGCUCCUGCCCAUGCAGGAGACGCAGGUUCGAUCCCUGGGUCAGGACGAUUCCCUGGAGACGGGCAUGGCACCCCCCUCCA